ACAGUUUACAAGAAAUCACUUAGAAGUGCAGUACUUAGUUAAGUCAUGUUUACAUUGAAUAUUAUUGUUCUAACAAUGCGUGAUUUAAGCAUUUUAUUUUUUCUCAUAUCGAUCAUGACGAAGACUUCAGAGGCGACUCGUGGUAAUGAUAGGUAUGAUGAUAACUCAUCUCAGGAAAACACUCAUAUCUCAGCAACAGUUGAAUCAGCAACUACAUCCCUAGAAAUAGCACUGCCAGAAAUAACAACCGCUCCAUCUACAUCAUCGCCAAUACAUUCAGAGGCGUCCUCUGAUAGUGAAAGAGAUGAUGAUAAGUCAUCUCAGGGAAAGGCGUUUUUUGGUAUUCAAGACCAUGAUGACACCUCAUCUCCGGAAAAAAUUGCGGAUAUCCCUAUUGGUUCAUCAACGCCACCAACAACACCGGGUCUAUCUCCAUCAUCGCCAACACACGCAGUUCCAAGCUACCGCGAUAUCGCCGUAAAAUGCAAACACUUGUAUAAAGUAGUUACGCAUAUGAAGUUAACGGCUUUGCAGCUUGAUGAAACAAAACAUUGGUCAAGCCUGAUCAAAGAAAUUCGUGAAUAUAACGUUAUAGACCCGAUAAGCUCGUUGUACAAUAGAAGCGCUUAUUUGAUUGGCUCUUUGUGGGACUUUUAUUUAUAUAAGCAUUGGCUGAAGAGGGCAGAAAUACACAACUUGAAAAACGACAUAAUCCAACAAAAGAGGGUAAUCACUGUUCAUAGAAACGUUAUUAAGUCACUGGAGAACGACUUGAAAAACACUAAUUGUCCCGAAGAUCACAAAGAUAAUUCGUUUUCCAAGUGGAGAAAGGAUCACCCAAAGCCUAAGGCGGUCGACAUAACAGCUGCGGUAAAGAGAAACCAGGGCAUUAAAUGCUGGCGAGAGAUGAAAGGACUUUUUUGUAACAAAGUAAAAUUAAAUGAUGCGUUGGAACCGGAAACACUCUUCGUGAGAGUUUUAGGCGACCGGGACAGACGAUUAAUGAAUUUCGAUUUCAUAAAUGUAAAUUGGACCGGCACAAGCCGAGUAUUAAAAAAUAUUUGGGAUGGAAUUUGGUUCGAAUUUGACGUGACCGUAGAACACUACGAAAAAAUCAAAUCGUACUUCACGUUGCACAACGAUUUUGUAAAUAUCAUUUUUGUUAGGCUAUGUUGGAGACAUUUGCUGUGUAUAGAACAAAUAUCAGACAAAAAACAGAAAUUAAGUUACGGCGCACAAUUGAUUGCCUUACUCAACGACUACAAACAGUUGUUAGUAAUCCAAGACGAUCCCAACCUGAAUUACUUAUCGAAUGUUAUCGAAGAUACUGCCAAUAAAAAGGUAGAUUUAAAGGAAACAAUAUCUCAGUUAAAGACAAUCAUUGAACCGUUGUGUUCUUCGCUGCAGUGCUUAGGGGUCGCGGAUAUGGAUUUAAAAACUGUAAAUCAGAACACUAUUAUGGCACUCAAUGCCGAUAAAGAAAUUGAUUUCUUAAACGUUCGACCUGACGAAAUUGACCCCCUGUUUAACGUGAAAGAUUUUUUGAACGAACUCCGAGGUAUUUUCAAAGACAUGCACUUAGAUGUCACGAGAACAUUCCUUUCUCAUAUUUAUCAUUCGUUGCAUGCACCAGAUAAACAGAUUAAGCAAAAUUGACAUUUUCGAUUUAUGCACACAUUUUUAAUAUAAUUUAUUUCGUUUCUGGUUGUUCAAUUAUAUUCAAUUCUAUUUAUCUAUUUACA